GGCUCCCAUCCGCCAUGAGUCACGGGGCCGCACACAGCCCCUUUCCCGGCCCUGCUCUCUGUCGGGAGGCCUCGUUGUGCACCGGGCCGGCCUGUUGGUCACGGUUCUCGUUCAGCUUUUCCUGCCCUCGGCAGGGAGCGGGGCAGGCCCGGAGCACUGAGGCGUGAGGGUGGUGAUGGCUGCCGUGGCCGGCACAGGCUGUGGAGGGGCAGAAAGCUGCACUGGGGGCUCUGUGGAUGCUGCCGGCAGAUUGAAAGAUGAUGAUAGUGGAGACCAUGACCAGAACGAGGAGAAUAACACACAGAAAGACAGUGAGAAGGAAAAAAAUGAUCGAGAGAAGCCACAGAGUACCACCAAGAGGAAGGCGGUUGUCCCGGGACCAGCUGAGCACCCCUUGCAGUAUAAUUACACUUUCUGGUACUCCAGACGAACACCUGGGAGGCCAACCAGCUCACAGAGUUAUGAACAGAACAUCAAACAGAUCGGCACCUUUGCCUCAGUGGAGCAGUUCUGGCGGUUUUACAGUCACAUGGUACGUCCUGGGGACCUGACAGGCCAUAGUGACUUCCAUCUUUUCAAAGAGGGCAUCAAACCCAUGUGGGAGGAUGAUGCCAACAAAAAUGGUGGUAAAUGGAUUAUCCGUCUGCGAAAGGGCUUAGCAUCACGGUGUUGGGAGAAUCUCAUUCUGGCGAUGCUUGGAGAACAGUUUAUGGUGGGUGAAGAAAUCUGUGGGGCAGUCGUCUCUGUCCGAUUCCAGGAGGACAUUAUCUCGAUAUGGAACAAGACAGCCAGUGACCAGGCCACGACAGCCCGGAUACGCGACACGUUACGAAGAGUGCUCAACCUACCUCCCAACACCAUCAUGGAAUAUAAAACACACACCGAUAGCAUCAAGGCCUGGGAGGAGUUUCAUGGCCUGGUGAACAGCAGUGGCCGCUGAUCGAACGCUCCCCCCCCUCUGUCACACCCAGGGGAUAAUUCAAGCUUUCGAAACACAAAAAUCACAUUGUGAGAACAAGAGUUGGCACUAAGCUCCUCUCUCCAUGUUGACAGCACUGAGAGGUCUCCACCAGUGCCCUCCGACCUCUGAAGGGACUCAUGGGCCACUCUCGCACUCCUCCUCGGAGGAAGGAUCCAUCUGAAGCCCUCCAGCAGUGGUGAUGAUAGAGGCUGAUUUUAUCAUAUAUAAACUUUUUUAGCAGCGGGGCGGGAGGCCAACCUUUCGAUUAGCAAUGUGCCCUUGGGGGUCGCAUCUUGCAGCACUUUCCUGUCUUUCUGUACGUGGCAUGCAGGAUCUCUGGGAUUCUGCCUCGAUGUCAGAGCCUUUUGCUGAGGGAUACCAGUAUUACAAAUCUCUCUGCGGCUGGGAGGAGCUUCCCAGUUGAGAGUCAGCCCCAUGGUUUUCAAAUGCCCACUUUCAGCUCUGCCAAUAAAUUAUUGGGUCUCUUUGUUUC